AUGAUGCUUCACGUUGGCGGCGGCGGCGGCGGCGAUGACGAGGCCGCCACUGAGAGCCGCCUCCGCCGCUGGACCGGCGACGAGGAGACCUCCAUUAAAGAACCCACCUGGCGGCCGCUGGACAUCGACUACUUACACAGCUCGAGCAGCAGCAAGAGGACGGGGAAGGAGAAAGUGGCCACGCCGGAUUCCCCCGCGCCGGCUGCCGCGGCCAAUUACUUCAAGAAAGGCGACGACAAUGCCGCAGCCGCAGCGGCCGCGGGCGGCGGCAACUACAAGCUGUUCAGCGAGCUGGAGGCCAUCUACAAGCCGGGGAGCGGCGGCGCGGGCGGCGCCCAGACGGGCUCCGGUUCCGGCCUCACCGGAGACGACAAUGCCAUCCUCGAGCCGGCCAUGGCCGACCUCCAGGACGUGGCGGCCGCGGCCGUGGGCCCGCAGCUGAACACGUCGGAGACGUCGGCCGGGGAGGAGGCGGCCGCGGUGGUGCAGCCGCAGCCGCAGCCCCAGCCGUCGGCGGAUGCGGCGCGGCGCAAGCGGAAGCGUCGGCGGCAGCAGCAGGAGCAGCUGAGCGCGUCGGCGUCCUUCUUCGAGCGGCUGGUGCAGCGUCUGAUGGAGCACCAGGAGAGCCUCCACCGGCAGUUCCUGGAGGCCAUGGAGCGGCGCGAGCGGGAGCGCGCCGCGCGGGACGAGGCGUGGCGGCGGCAGGAGGCCGACAAGUUCGCCCGCGAGGCCGGCGCGCGCGCGCAGGACCGCGCCAGCGCCGCGGCGCGCGAGGCCGCCAUCAUCGCCUACCUGGAGAAGAUCUCGGGCGAGUCCAUCACGCUGCCGCCGCCCGCCGCGGCGUCCGGCGACGACACGAGCCAGGACGCGACGGCGGCCGGCAACGGCAAGGAGCUGGUGCCGUACGACGGCGGGGACGCGACGGCGCCCGAGGGGGGCGGCGGGUCGCUGCACCUCAGCACGUCGCGGUGGCCCAAGCACGAGGUGGAGGCGCUGAUCCGGGUGCGGACGGGGCUGGAGGGGCGGUUCCAGGAGACCGGGCUCAAGGGCCCCCUGUGGGAGGAGGUGAGCGCGCGCAUGGCGGCGGCGGGCUACGGCCGCAGCGCGAAGCGCUGCAAGGAGAAGUGGGAGAACAUCAACAAGUACUUCCGCAAGGCCAAGGAGAGCGGCAAGAAGCGGCCGGCGCACGCCAAGACGUGCCCCUACUUCGACGAGCUAGACAGGCUCUACUCCCGCUCGGGUCACUCGGUGGCGGUGGCGGCGGCGCGCGACGGCGAGUCCAAUGCCGGGGGAGGCGAGGCCAAGCAGGCGAGCUCGGAGCUGCUGGACGCGGUGGUCAAGUACCCCGACGUGCGCUACGGCCCGCCGGGGUUCGGGAUGGACAGGGAGCAGGUCUCCGGCGGCGGCAAUAACAACGCUAAUAAUGAACGUGGAGAGGAGGAUGGCGACGGGGAGGAGGACGGCAUUGGCAAGGGGAGGGCCGGCGAUGAUCAGGACGACGAGGUGGACAGCCAUGGCCACGAUGAUGAUGAGUAG